AGAUGUCAUUGUUGCACUUUUCAAAAUUAGGCCCAUUUCUAUUUCUUUGCUUUCUUCACUUCAAGCCCUUGACCACAAAAUCCAGAAAUAUAAAUACAUUACAAAUCUGAGCCAAGUAUGUAUUUCAAACCACUGCCAUCUCUGGCAAAAUUUGGAUUUCUCAUGGUUUUUAAAACAUUUUUAACUGCCAUACAAAUGUAAAAAAAAAAAAAAAAAAUCAUAAUUACAUUGAUGUACCUGUAGUGCAUCAGGAAGUAGACACUGAGGCUUGGUGAAGGCAUACAUUUUUUGACAUUAACUGUCAUGCAAAUGUAAAAAGAAGUCAACCACAUAUGUUUCAAUUACAUACAGUGAUAUUUGCCAGGGGGCACCACGGUGAACUAGUGGUUAGCUGACUCACAGUUUCUAAGUCUGGGGUUCAAAUCUCGCCUGUGGUUUUCCUGUGCUUGCGUGGGUGUUCCACAGGUACUCUAGCUUCCUCUCACAUUGCGAACAUGAGUCUCUUUUUCACUGAAGGCUCGAAAUUGCACACAGUAAGUGUGAAAGGAUCUUUCUCAUCAUUUUUAUAUACUGUAAUGAAAUCCGACUCUUCUAAGAGUAAUUUUAACUUAAAAUGAAUAGCUGCAUAGAAAAGUAAAAUCCGAAAAAUAUGCUACAAGUGACCCGGUGGGUGCUUUACCUUCUUCCUCCUCAGAGGUCGUCCUCAGCGGUCAAAAUGCCCCUCGCCUUCUGCUCCAGCUGCCUGCUGUUCCUCGUCCUCGUGUCCCUCUCCGCUUCUGAGCCGAGGCGCGGUGUUUCCGGUCAGCGCCGGGCGGCGCGCGCACCUGCCGCCAAGGUGCGCCUGGCGGGAAACUUUGCGCGGGAGCCUCACGAGGGUCGCGUGGAGGUGCUGCACAACAGCACGUGGGGCACCGUCUGCGAUGACGAAGUGGACAUCAACCUGGCCAACGUGGUGUGUCGAGAGCUGGGCUUCUUGGGGGGCGUCACGUGGGCACACAGCGCCAAGUAUGGAGAAGGACAGGGCCCCAUAUGGAUGGACAACGUCCGAUGCAACGGUUCUGAGAAGUCCUUAAAGGACUGCAAGCACAACGGCUGGGGGGUGAACGACUGCAAACACUCUGAAGACUUGGGGGUGGUGUGCACCACGGAGCAACGUCGGGAGCAGACGACCAGCACCGGAGACCACAGCAACGCCAUCAGCACUAAUGGGAAUCCCUCGAGCCGGUGGCAAGGCCUCAUGGCCACCCGCAGGCACUCAGGAUACGGCUAUUAUGGGAAUGGACAUCCGUACGAAGUCCCCAGGAUCCAGAGGCAGCGACUUUACCAGGCAUGGCAGCACACCGUCCGGAUUGAGGAGGUGCGCCUGAGGCCCAUCCUCAUGUCCACCAAGAAGAAGAGCUUGGUGACUGAAGGCGUCGUAGAAGUGAAGCACGCGGGCAGGUGGAGGCAGGUCUGCGAUAUGGGAUGGAGUCUGAACAGCAGCAGAGUGGUUUGCGGGAUGCUCGGCUUUCCUGACGCCGCUCAGCCUGUCCUCAAAAUGUACAAGAAAAUAUGGGACACCAAGGUGGCAGAUCCUUCAACGAGGCUGAGCCUCAUGGCCAAGAAGAAGGGCUUCUGGGUCGAGAAGGUCAACUGUCUGGGCACCGAGAACACCUUGUCCGAGUGCCACGGUCAGCUGUCGAUCCCCCGUAGUCCCGCCCCAUGUAAGAACGGACGGCACGCUGUGGUCAAAUGUGUUCCGGGCCCUCAGUUUUCCAGGAUUUCCUCGGGAAGACCUCAAGCCCCGUACCCAGUUGCGCCAGUCCGUCUGAAGGCUGGGCCCAGGCUCGGCGAGGGCCGCGUGGAAGUACUCCGAGACGGAAAGUGGGGGACGAUCGUGGACCACAUGUGGGAGCGGACCGCGGCCAGUGUGGUGUGCAGAGAGCUGGGCUUCGGUACAGCUAAGGAUGCGCUGCAAGGCGCCUAUAUGGGUCAAGGUACCGGGCCCAUCCACAUGAACAGUGUCCAGUGCACGGGGACGGAGCGCUCCAUUCUUGACUGCUUCUUCCAGGAGGUUCAACCAUGGACGUUCAAACACAGCCAAGACGCUUCAGUGCGUUGUAACAUCCCUAAAACCGGCACCGAAUACACGGUGCGUCUGGCUGGUGGCAGGGUUCCCUCAGAGGGCCGAGUGGAGGUGCUGAUGGAAGUGGGCGGCCGAAAGCGUUGGGGUUCGGUCUGUAGUGAAAACUGGGGCAUCAACGAGGCCAUGGUGGUGUGCAGACAACUGGGACACGGAUUUGCUGCAAGUGCACAUCAGGACACCUGGUACUGGUCCAGCGACCCAAACGCAGCAGAAUUGAUCCUCAGUGGAACUCACUGCGUCGGCACGGAGUUCUCAAUUCAGCAGUGCCGCCGGAACAACCACAUGCACUGUCCGCGAGGGGGGGGACCGAAGGCGGCCGGGGUCACCUGCUCAGAGACGGCUCCUGACCUCGUUCUGGAUGCCCAGUUAGUCCAGGAGACGGCCUACCUGGAAGACCGGCCGCUCCACUUGCUAAGCUGUGCCAACGAGGAAAACUGUCUGUCCUCCUCUGCCGCCCGGAUGAACUGGCCCUACGGCCACAGACGCCUGCUGCGCUUCUCCUCGCGCAUCAUGAACCUGGGACGCUCCGAUUUCCGACCCAAAUCCACAAGGGAGAGCUGGACCUGGCACCAGUGUCACAGGCAUUACCACAGCAUCGAGGUGUUCACACAUUACGACCUACUGACACUCAAUGGCACCAGAGUUGCAGAGGGACACAAGGCCAGUUUCUGCCUUGAGGAUACAUUUUGCCCCGACGGUGCUCAAAAGCGCUUUUCCUGUUACAACAUGGGUGAUCAGGGUAUCUCUGUGGGCUGCUGGGAUACAUACCGCCAUGACAUCGACUGUCAGUGGGUUGAUGUGACGGACGUGCGGCCUGGAGAUUACAUCUUUCAGGUGGAAGUCAACCCCUCGAUGGACAUGGCCGAGUCGGACUUCAUGAACAACGUCAUGCGCUGUCGCUGCAAGUACGACGGCCACAGAGCUUUUAUGUAUGGAUGUCACGCAGGAGACGCAUACAGCGCAGAGACCGAAGACCUGUUUGAGCACCAGAGGCAAAUAUCAAACAACUUUGUGUAGAGGAUCCCGACAAAAAAGCCUUCCGGACGGUGCUCGAAGUGGGCAGAGGCUGUUGGCUCCAAGGCCCGCGGGAAGCGUUGCACCACAUCAGCAAAGAACACGGAAAAAGCUGCCUGUCAAUCUGCUAGGCGGUGGAUUAAAUUUCACAACAAUGAGACUCAACAAGAUUGGCUGAAGACAAAAGCGGCGCGCAGAGCUUUUGGCUAACAUUAGUUUAGAUAAGUAUGUAAUUACCACAUACACAUUAAAAAAGGAAAAAAAAGUCAGUGGACUACUACGAUUUUCAAAAGCUAAACACAUGGAAUAUUAUUGAAUCUGUCAACAGACAGUGGAGGAGUACUGGGGAAAGCUUCUACGCAAUCUAUAAUAUUUAUAUAAACUGUUUUUCUUUUGGUUGCAAAAUCAAUGAGGAAGCGUGGUGGGAACACUUAUUGGAUAAGCUGUUGAUAUGAAAAUGUGCUUUGGAAUUUUUGCUGAUUAUAACAAAUUGAUGGACUCUCCAACUUUUAUUUUUUUUUAGUGAAUUAGGUUAUUUCUGAUUUAUUUCCUUGGCUAUUAGGAAAAAAAAAAACAAUUAUCAUGUCAACCAUGUGACAAGAUUUAAUAAUAUGUUUAUGUAACAAAGCACUUUAUCUUUUUUACACCGGUAUUCUUAUAACCUUCAGUUAGCUAUCAACCUAUUCCUAAUAUACAGUAUAUGCUUGAUAGUUUUUAUUUUUACUUUAAAAAUCUACUACAGUGAAAUAUAAGGUUGGUGUUUUCAUAUGCACAUGUACUAUUUAUACUGAUAUUUAAUUUAUUCAUAGGAUUCACACAACAUUUUCAAUAAGAGGUUUGUUAUCUGGAGUUUUUCCUUUUUCCAUUUUUCCUUUCCAUCAUAGCUCGGGGACAUUUUGCAAGACACAGAGGAAUUAUUCUAUUUCCAAUGUGGUUAUUAAAACGCAACUGUCGGGAUUUUCUCUCCCAUCUUUUUUGGAUGGGAGGGAACACCAGCGUGACACAACCACAUGUUUGUGGCGGGCAUGCCACCAGGCUUUAAGAGUAUAUAUAAAUAUAUGUUAAAAAAAAAGCCUUUUAAUUAUGCCUGGGCUAGUUUUAAGGUUAGGGUUAAAACUAUAGUGUGUGCUUUUCUGCACACUUUGGAACAGCUGCCUAUAGAAUUAUGGAAAGACUGCUUUUUUUUGUAAAUGUCUCAUGCGAGACAACACACUGACAGAUCUGAUUUAGAGGGUGAUGAUUAAGUUUUUAGAAAUAUACAGUUUUUAUUACCAGAGGUGGAUUUACGAAGGCACUCCACAAACUGACACUUAUUUUUGGGAACAUCUGCCAAGCAAACCAUUACGAAAUUCUUUUUCCAUUUUUGCUGAUCUUUUAC